AGCACGGAAACUCAGCAAAGGAGCGAGAGUGCGUGUGUUUUGGGAGGGGGGGAGUCGCACUAUAAAUACAGAAAACUGAACCGCAACCAACGGUGCUGAUAAGCGUAAAGCCAAAAAGCUCUCCCUCUCUGAUCAAACUCUCCCUUCUCUCCUCUCUUUCUUAUCCAGCGUCCGAUCCCUCUCUCCAAAAAAAAAACAAUUCCACCAAUCACCUCUCGUUUCUCAGCGCGCGCCAAAUACAAAACGAAACACACCUUUCUUGCUCUCUCUCAACAGGUGCAGUGAUCUAGGGUUUUUUUUUUUUUUCUGGCCGGAGAUGGCGGAGGCGCCGACGAGUCCGGCGGGCGGGAGCCACGAUAGCGGCGGCGAGCAGAGCCCGCGCUCGUCCGGCGUGCGUGAGCAAGACCGGUACUUGCCGAUCGCCAACAUCAGCAGGAUCAUGAAGAAGGCGCUGCCUGCCAACGGCAAGAUCGCCAAGGACGCCAAGGACACGAUGCAAGAAUGCGUCUCCGAGUUCAUCAGCUUUAUCACCAGCGAAGCAAGCGAUAAGUGCCAGAAGGAGAAGAGGAAGACCAUCAAUGGCGAUGACUUGUUGUGGGCAAUGGCAACGUUAGGGUUUGAAGAAUAUAUUGAGCCGCUUAAGGUGUACCUAGUUAGGUACAGAGAGUUGGAGGGUGAUUCCAAAGGAUCUGCUAGGGGUGGAGAUGCAUCUGCUAAAAGGGAAGCAGUUGGAGGUCUGACUGUUCAAAAUCCACAGUUUGGUCUUCAGGGGCCGUUGAACUACAUAAACUCCCAAUUUGCUGAUGCUGAAGGUUAGGACCACAUCCAGAUCUUCCCUCCCAGAAUCCUGCUUUGCUGGGAGCAAUAUUGGGUGCAUGGUCAGCAUUUGGUGGUUGAUUCUAUGCUAGGAAACGAGUAGGGAGUUCUAGCUUUUCGUUAACCAUCUUUGCGAAUUAUAAGACUGGGAGAAUUAUUUAGUUUCAACACCAGUAGAUUAUUUAUUGGAUUUAUCUUUUUCAUCCAAAAUACUAUACAUUCUGGGUCUUCUUUUUUCUUUUUCUUUUUCUUUUUUUUUCUUUUUUUUUUUGCCUUUUUGUCGCUGGGCAAAUGGGAGGGGAGGGGGUGCUUAAGAUUGGUCUCACCACCAGAACAGAUUUGUUAGUCUUAUAAGCUCUGUAAAUUUGGCUCCAUCUAAUUUAGUUGCUCGACAAUGUCAAAUUCUGGAACAUGUGGAGAUUUGGUAGGAGUACCUAUCCUUUGUAUUUUGUUUUGGAUGAUUGAUGAUUGAUGAAAUUUUCUGCAUAUCA